AAAGUGUAGUCAUAUUCUUCUCGCGCAGUUUUCCCAGACGAGAAAAAGAAAUAAAAAUGCUAAUUAGAUUAAUUUCUUAACAAGAAAUAAACAUCAAAUUUCGAUCGACGGUUAAUUUAUAUUCAUUAAUUCUUAAUAUAUUUCUUACUUAUAAUUGUAUAAUUAUAAUAAUUUAAGGAAGGAUGUCUCUUCCUCUUGGGAAGCUCACGAUAAUCAUCGGUGCAGGUCUAGUGGGAUCAGUUCUUGCAAAGGAAGGGCGCAUGCCCGGUGUCGGUGAUUUAUUUUCUGGUGCUUCUAAGGUACUUAAACUAAUUAAGCAUGAUGACAAACCCACUUCAACUCCAAAACCUCGCAAUGACUCAUUGAUGGCACAGGUUAACAGCCUAAGGCAGGAGCUUCAACUUCUAGCAUCAAAUAGACCUAUUACGAUUGUGACAUCUACCAAUUCAGCAACCAACAAAUAUGGGAUCGUUGUCAUUGUUGUCGUAGUGGGUUAUGGCUAUGCUUGGUGGAAGGGUUGGAAGCUUCCUGAUAUGAUGUUUGCUACAAAACGCAGUCUAUCAGAUGCGACAAAUGCCGUAGCUAAACAACUUGAAAAUGUUUACUCAUCACUUGCGGCUACGAGGCAACAUUUGUCUUCAAGAAUCGACCGUGUCGAUUGCACUUUAGACGAGUUUGCAGAAGUUACUGCAUCUACUCAAGAGGAUGUUUCAUCUCUUCGAGGAGACACGAGAGUGAUUGCUAUGGAUGUUCAAUCUGUGCAUGCGGCAGUUUAUACCCUGGAGAGCAAGUUGAAUAGGAUUGAAGGGAAGCAGGAUGAUACAAACUUAGGAGUGGCAAGGUUGCUACGUACUGCAUUAACAAUGGAAAAUCAGUCAUCUACAGGGCGCAUCCAGGCAAACCCAUCUAGUUCAUCAACGCCAGCUCUCCCAGCGCCACACAGGGCUAUGUCUUUGCCUCCAGUUCAUAUAGAGGAGCAACAGUCAUCCCCUCUUGUAUCACCUGCAGUUAAACGACCUUUACGAAGUUCUGUAUCUGUCUCUACCUCUGGCUUGAAGGAUCUUCAAGGAACUCCAGAAACAGUUGAAUCGGGGAACCCUUCCAGGGCAUCAAACGGGUUGGCAGAAGACACAAGUCCAACUUCAAGUGUUUUUGGCCGAACAUUUUCUGGCAUUGGUGCUGUAUUUUCAAGGAGCCGUCCUGCAUCUGGGCAGUGACACUAUUUAUCGACAGUUGCAAGUAAACUAGUGAAAGAUCAAAUAUUUCUUGUUAAGAAAACCAUUUUUGUACCUUGUAGAAUGAAAAGCAGGUAGAGGGUUUUGAACUUUAUGUGAUGUCUGGGAGUUAGGCUUUGUGUAUAAGAUGUAAUGGUCUAUAUGAUUAGGGAGACAUCUGUUUUAGGGUUUUGUGGUCAGAGCCUAAGGCCCAAGGUGUAUCCUUUCAGGAAUAAUUUAGUCAAACUUUUCAAAGGUGCAUUGGCAUUGUUCUAUUUAGGGACGAUGCUAUUUGUCUGGUGAUCUUACUUAGUCCCAUUGUAAUCAAGACUUUGUACUUAAAAAAAUUGUUAUAUCACUUGAACCCAUUUAUUGGGAUGUAA